AUGGUAAUAUAUACUUGUCCGACCCUCCGCGUGCAGAUUGGCAGCAAAUCCGUCAAACCUAGAAUCGAGGCGAGCCGGCGGCGGAGGAGACCGAAGAGGAAAUCGAGGCGGCGAGGGAGAGGGAGCGAUCGGGAUCAUGUCCCUCCGGGCCCUGGGUUCCCUCCUCACCCGGAGGAUCCCCCGGGCGCAGGCGGAGGCCCUAGGGUCGGCGGCGGGUAGGGCAGCUCGCUCUCUCCACACCCUCGGUGGUCUCGCCGUUGGCGAUGGCACUUAUGGUGUUGUAGCCGCGGCUGCGUUGGCUGGAUUGGCCGGAGUCCUGCAUUUCAAGAAAGAUGCAGAUGAGUCAGCUGGCGAGGUGACUGGCGAUGAGGCCAGGAAGGAGGUGCCUGACAGGGAAGCCGUCAAGAAGGUGACUGGCGGGGAGGAAGACAAGGAGGUGACUGGCGGGGAGGCCAUUAAGAAGGGGGACAUGAAGCAGGCAGCCGUCAAGGCACUGUUCGAGGACAAUGGCGACGACUUUUCCUUGGAAAAGUACCUCGCUGAAAUGACCGAGCUAGCUGCUGCGCAAAAGAAGGCCCGUUACAAAAGAGAGGUGUCUGGUAAGAAGGCCAUGAAUGAGGUGACUGGCAGGGAGGCCGUGAAGCAGGAGGACAUGAAGGAUGAGGCAGUCAUGAAGGCACGGUUCGAGGACUGGAUCAAGGAGUAUGACCGGAGAUACAAAAACGAGGAGGAGAAGGCUUGGCGGUAUGAAAUAUUUAAGGCUUUUGCGAAGACUGUGGACAAGGCAACCGCGCAAAGUGGAGGAGCCCUUUUCGUCACUAACCAUACCGCUGACUGGACCGAGGAAGAGUGCGAGUGUCUGUAUGGCGGUGAAGUAGACUGGGAUGACUACCUCGAUCACAUCAAGUCUUUGAUUGCUAAGAAGAGGGCCAAAGAGGUGUCUGAUAAGAAGGCCAUCAGGGUGGUGACUGACAGCGAGGCCAUCAAGCAGAGAAACAAGGAACUAGGCGCAAGUCACACCCAAGGAAGCCAAGCAGACAACCUCUAGCCAGAGAGGAGCACCGUCCUGUCUGCAAUUCUCUGGAACAGUGAAAGCUUGUAAAUAGUCUUUCAUGCAUGGAUAGCGGCAUUAAAGAAGUUUGGAAUUCGUGGAAUGGUGUACUAAAAUCUAUGUUAUGAGGCGCAUGGGUGCACUUUUUCAUUC